AAUAAAUAUUAUAACAUUUUAGCAAAAAACAUAAAUAUUUUUAACGAUGUUUAAUAUACUUUUAUCUCAACUCUUUCAAAUGAACAAUGCUAUCGAUCAAAUAAUCCUUUUAUCUCAAAUCCGCCAACUAAUUAUUAACAAUCAAGAAUCUAUGACAUUUUUUCGAAAAUCUCAAGGGUUUGAAAAAUUAUUAAAUUUCUUAUAUAUGUUUUUUCAUAAUAAUGAAAAUGAAAAUACUCAAAAAAAUCAACAACAUAACGAUCAUCAGCAAUCAAUUCAGGUAAUAUGUUCGGUAUUUACUCUUUUAUCCACAGCCGUUUCAUGGAAUUCUUUUAAUUCAUAUCAUUUUUUUCAUUACUGUGAUAUUUCAUCAUUCAUUCAUGAAACAACAUUAUUCCAGAAUGAACCAGAAACUCUUAUAGGAAUGUUAUUUUCCUUUGCGCUUAACGAUGAAUCAUUUCAAUCAUCGUUUCGAAGUAUUAAAGAACAGUUAAACAUAAAAAAAUAUACGAACAAAAAAUUACAAAAACAUACAUUCAAUAAACUCGAAGAAUUGAUAAAAAAAAAAUUUUCAGAAAAAGAUAUAAUUAUAAACCCACAAAUUCUUCCUCUUAUUCUUUCAGUACAAAAAAACUUCAAAUUAUCCUGGCAUCGAUUGUCAAUUCUUUUAACUUUUAAUUCUUUGCUUGGAAAUUGCAUUUCAAAAAUAAACCUUGUAGCAUUUACUAACAAUGAAAUACCAUCUAUUAUAAUUAAAAGACUUUUCGAUAAUGAUUCACUAAUUUUAGAUCCAAUGGAAAAGGAAAUGUUAUUGCAGCUAAUUGUUAAGCUAUGCCAAAAUGGAUUACCUACUAAAGAUGUUUUUUUUCUGAUACAAAAAUUUUCAAAGGAUUUAACGAAAAACGAAGAACUUACAUCGUUUCUUUUACAUUUAUUUUCACAAAACCAGAGUCCAUCUCAUAUUCAAUUCAAUUUAUCAUUACAUGGGUAUUCAUAUAUUGAAUUCUCCUGUCUUCACAAGUCAUUUCCACCUUUAAAUGGCUAUUCUAUACUUUUUUGGAUUAGAUUUGAUACGUUCGAUGAAACUUUAGAUACAGAUAUACUAUUAAUUGUCGAUAGCCAAAAAAAAUACAUAUGCAAACUCUUUAUCGAAAAAAAUAGUAAAAAUCUAUUGUUUCAAACAUCAUUGAAAAAUCGUACUAAAUUCACCUUCUAUAAAUUUGAAGAAGGGCAAUGGUAUCAUAUAGCAUUAAUUCAUGAAAAACAAAAAGUUACGACAUCAUCUAAACUUUCUUUUUCUGUUAAUGGACUACACAUUGAAAGUACUAAAUGUUCAUAUCCUGUGGUUAACAAAGACAAAUCGCCAAUUCAACUAUUCUUAGGAACACCUCAAGAACUAUGUACUAGAUAUGGACAAAACAAAUCACUAACUAAAUGGAGUCUUUCAAGUUUUUUAAUUAUCGAAGAUGUGCUUAAUGAGGAUAUAAUAGAUCUAUAUUAUCAUAUAGGGCCAUAUUAUGAUAAAGAUUAUCAGAACACUCCAAGAAAUUUAAUGAAGAACUCUUCAACAAUAUUAAAUAUCCCCUUAGGGAAAAAAAAUACGAAAAAUGAAAAAAUUAUACAUAUGGAUACACUUAAAAAUGAAAAUAUAACAUCUAUACUAUAUAAUAAAGUAUUGUUUUAUAUUUGCAAUGAUUCUAUUCUCGAUAUUAACGCUUCAAGCAAAUGGGAUGAUUCAGAAAAAAUAAAUGAAAAAAUUAUGCAAAUAGCACCUAAAAAAAUAGAUAAUAAUUUAAUAAUAUUAAAUAAAGCAGUUACUUUUUCAAAUAAUUGCAUAAUCAAUAAUGAGCGAAUAGGAUGGUUUAUAGGUAAUCCUAUUAAUGUUAUAGUUAACAACAUUGAAGAUUCUAUUUUUUAUAUUGGAGGACCUAUUUUAGGACUUAAGUUGAUUGAAAUUUCAAAAACACCCAAUGAUCUAAUUUGUGCUACUAAACUUACAUUUUCUUUUAUCAAAAACAAUAGAAGGAAUUUAGAACAUAUGGAGAAAAAUCACGGAUAUGAAAUUCUUGCAAAAAUACUAAAGAAUAAAGAAAAAAUACAUAAUAUUCAUCUCCUCAAUUCUAUUUUAUCAUUUUUGGGAUACGAAGAAUUAGAUUCUAAGAAUUCUAUAAUUCUAAAUCCUUUAGCAUAUAAAUUUCUAAUUUUAGACUUUGAAAUAUGGAAAAAAGCCGAUGAAAAAACCAUAAAACUGUACAUGCAACAUUUUUUAUCAUUAGUUUUAGAAAGUUCAUAUGCAAAAUUUAAUAUAAAAUGCCUUGAUAAAAUGCAUAUAAUAAAAAAAUUCAUUAUUACCUUAAAAUUGGAUUAUAUUUCUGAAAAUAUUUUUCCUUUAUUUUUAAUUACUUUCAAAACAUUAAUAGAAAUUUAUUUUACACCUGAAAUAAUAAAAAUACUUCUUACAUAUAUAAUUUAUGCUUUAUAUAAAGAACCUAUGAAAAUUAAACAUAAAACUACAGAACCCUUAACUUCAGACUUAUUUGAAGAUAGAGUAGCCCCUAAUAACCUCAAUGAGAAAGAAUUAAAUAACAAUUCUCCAUUAUAUAAAAAGGCUAUUGACGUUCUUGAAAUGCUCUCAGAUAUUUUAUGUAAUACUCAAAAUAGAUCAUUUAUAGAAAAAUUUUCGAAAGUGAUUACAGAUAAGUGGUUAUUAUUAUUAUUGUCAAAUAAGGAUUCCAGAUGUGUUAUAUGUAGCUUCAAAAUACUUUCUCAACUAAUGAUACUAAAAGGCACAAACUAUAUAUCUAAAUUCUUGCCAAAAACUCAUUAUUUCAUUCUUAUAAAAUUAUAUUUAAAAAAAUGGUGGAAUAAUAUUAAUAUUUGGAAAAUUGCUUUUUGUCUUUUUUUUGGAAUUGAGAUUUUAAAUAUUAAAGAAGGAAAUACAGACAUUAAAAAUUUUGAUGAAUUCUUACGAUUCUUAUUAAGCAAAAAUAAAAAUAUCACAAAGAUAUAUUGUUUUGAAAUAUAUGAUGUAAUUCUUGCAAUGCUUGAAUCAGGAGCACAUGACUUAAAAUUAUUUCGAACAUAUAUCAAUUCUACAAAAGAUGAUAUGAAUAUUUGUCUCUCACCUAUAAAUGUUAAACGAAAACGUUCAAAUUCAUUAAGCGCAAUUUAUAAUAAAAUAAAUAAAAAUAAUUUUCAACAUAAUCACAUUCACAAUUUUAAAAAAACUAAGUAUUAUGAAGGUUUCGAUAUACUUCUUCGUGUUAUAAGAUUUAUAAAAAAUAUGUAUUUGUCAAUUAGGUGUUUUAAGGAGCAUAUAUUGUCUCCUUACUUCAUAGAAAAACUCCUUUACAUCAUUUGUCCUUUAAUAUUCACAAAAGAUCAUAUCGGGACAGAAGUUAUCCUUAAUUCAAGAAAUCUAUUUCAUAUUUCAAGCAAAAAUCUCAUCAUUGAUACAUUGCCUUUCGAAAAUGACAAUAUUCCAACUUUAUGGAAAUUAGAUACUAUUAACAAUUCUUUUUCAAAAUGCUUUAUAGAAACUAUUUCUGAUAAAGAAAAUAUAUCAUUGAUAUAUUUAAAAUCUACAAUAACAAAAAAAAACAGAUCAUCUACUUUUUUUAAAUCAAAAUCAUUAAAGACAUUCGAAUUAGAUAACAAAUAUGAUAUUGUAUCAAUAUACGAAAUAUUGCUUCAAUUAAUUGUCACAAAUAUCAUAGAUAGUAUUAUUAUCUCAUCAAAAAAAUAUAUUUUAAAACUUAACAUUCAGAUACCAUCGUGUUUUUUUGGAAAUCAAAUUUAUAUUGAAUCAUAUAUAUUAUAUACUACUUUAAUAAAACUACACAAAAUUAUUCAAAGUCAAUUAGAUAAACUUAAUGAAAUAUCAGUGCUUUCUAAUAUUUAUAUUUUUUCAAAAGAUUGCCUUAAUAGUGCUCUUAAAGGCCAUUUUUUCAUGUGUGAGCAUCUUCUUGAAUUUCUAAUAUUUAUUCUUGAGCAUGUUCAUAAAAUUAGUAUCAAAAAACAAGAAAAAAUAUACGGACAAUUUUUUAUUAAUAUUCAACAAUGCUUCCACAACGUUUUAUUUCUAAAAUUAUCUACUCUUAGAAACUAUAACGAAAAAAAAGAAAUUCAAAGCUUUAUCGAAAAAAUUAUGUGUUGCAACUAUGUAAUAUUUUAUCCAUUAACAAAUAUUCAUAAAUUUAUUACUUAUUUUUGUUAUUGGCUUUAUAUUUUACUUUUCGAUAAAUCUUAUAAUUUGCGUAUAAUGUCAAUAAAUAUUUGGAAAUUAAUUAUUCAGCAAAAGUUCCAUGAAAUUUCUUCUAUAUUUGAUCAAUCUGUGCUAUCAGAUUACAAUAUUGCUGACACAUUUUUAAAUAUACCUACUCUUGACCCUAAAUACUUUUUAUCCUGGGUAAAUAAAAAUAAAUAUAUAUUAAAUAAUACAUUUUUUAAAUAUUUAAACACUUCAUGGAAUCAUUAUUUAGAAAAUCAGCUUAAAAAUUGGAAAGAAAUAAUAUUAUUAAAUGAACAAACUAGGAAUGACAGGUUGUAUAUUCAAGAAAACCAGAUUAUUCAAAAUUCUGAUAUAUUUAUUAAACAUGAAUCAAUUUUAUCUAAUUGGCGCAAAAAUUUGGUCUCAUUACAACACAAAAAAAUUGAGAAAUAUAUACAAGACCAAAUAGAUUUGGAUAAUUUUCUAAAUUCUGUUUGGUCAAAAAUAAUCAUUAACUUAACAGAAGAGCAUUGCAUUUUUGAAAAUAAUAAAGAAAAAAAAUGGAAGUUAGAUUUUACUGAAGGGAGAUCAAGAAUGAGAAAAAAAAUGAAACUUGAUAGUUAUCAGAGCCCAAUAAUACAGUCAGAAAUUCAACAAGAAAUUCCAAUAGAUUCAUAUAAAGUAGAUAAAAUAUAUGGAAGAAAUAUUAAUGAAGAUAAUAAAGAAAUUUUGAAAAUACCUAAUAACUUUAAAAAUAAUACAGAUCAAAUUAAUACUGAAAAACCAAUUUCACCUAUUAUUCAAAGCUUUAAUCAUAAUAUAGAAAAUCUUAAUGAAAAAACUAAUAAUUUAUUUAAAGAUGACAAAAGCAAAAAAAUAUUGCGGAAUCUAGAAUAUGGUGAUUACAUAAUAGAAAUUCAUAAUAUCUCUAGAAUAAAUGGUCUAGAUGCAUAUGAAGGAAUAUUAUUUUUAGGGAAAAAUAAUUUAUAUUUAAUGGAUAAUUAUUUUCAAAAAUCUAAUGGGGAAAUUACUACUAUAUGGGAUCCAACAGUGGAAAAUGAACGAGACAUGUAUAUUCAGUUACUUUCAGGAAAAGAUAUAUCUAAAAAAAAAACUGCUCCUUUUCAAAAUGAACAUAAAACAAGAAAAUGGCCUUUUGACCAAAUAGUAUCUAUUUAUCGAAGGAAAUUUUUGUUUAGAGACGUUGGCCUUGAACUGUUUUUUAAUAAUGGUCAAAGUUAUUUAAUUAUAUUAUCUAUUAAAGAAAGAGAACAUGUAUAUAAUAAACUACUCUCUAAGCUAAGUCAAAUUGAUUAUUCUUUUUCCAAAGAUUUUCUUAUAAAUAGCGAAUUUACAGAUACUAUUAAAUCGCAAACGUCUAUUACAAAAUUUUGUUCUCGUAUAAUAAAUAUGUUUAAUUCUAUUCAUCCUUCUUUAAAAAAAUGGAAGGAAGGGAAAAUAUCAAAUUUUCAUUACCUUAUGAUAAUUAAUACAUUAACAGGAAGAACAUACAAUGAUCUUACACAAUAUCCUAUUUUUCCAUGGGUUUUAACUGAUUAUAGCAGUGAAGAGCUUGAUCUUACUAAUCCAAAAUCAUUUCGUGAUUUUUCAAAACCUAUGGGGGCUCAAAAUCCCUUAAGAAGAUGUGAAUUUGAAAAACGAUUUAAAUCAUUCCAAGAAAUACAAGAUAGUUCUCAACCUCCUUUUCAUUAUGGAACUCAUUAUUCUUCCGCUAUGAUAGUAUGCUCUUAUUUAAUUAGAUUGAAGCCUUUUGUUGAUUCCUAUCUCUUAUUACAAGGAGGGUCUUUUGAUCAUGCUGAUAGACUGUUUUAUUCAAUUGAAAAAGCAUGGUUAUCUUCCUCUCAGGAAAAUAUGGCAGAUGUACGUGAAUUAAUUCCAGAAUUUUUUUAUCUUCCAGAAUUUUUAGUUAAUUCAAAUAACUAUAAAUUUGGAAAAAAACAAGGAAGCAAUGAAAUAAUUGAUUCAGUAAUUUUACCUCCAUGGGCAAAAGGUGAUCCAAAGCUUUUUAUAAAGAAACAUAGAGAAGCCUUGGAAUGUGAUUAUGUUAGUGAACAUCUUAAUGAAUGGAUUGAUUUGAUCUUUGGAGUCAAACAACAAGGAGAAUUAGCUGUAAAAGCUACAAAUAUAUUUCAUCAUCUUUCAUAUCAAGGUUCUAUAGACAUUGAUAAAAUUGAAGAUCCUAUAGAAAAAAUAGCUACUAUAGGCAUAAUAUAUAAUUUUGGUCAAACACCUAACCAAAUUUUUCAGCAACCACAUCCUAAAAGAACUUGUAAUACAAAAAAGUAUAUUACAGCAACAAAAAUACCAUAUCUUGGAAAAUAUGAAAAAAGUAUUAGUUCUUUAAUUCAAGCUAUAAUGCAUUUUCAAGAAAGCGAUUUUUCUAUAAAAACGAUUAUAUAUUUAGAAAAUCUAGAUAAAAUUAUUGGAUGUUCUUCAAACUGUAUUUAUAUGCUUCCUAACAUUAAUAUUUAUCUCCAAUGGGAUAUAAUUGGAAGUGAUAUAGAAUUUUAUAAUAGAGAAAAUAAAAAGAUUUUUAAAUCAUUUCAUAAACUUCAUCUUAAAAAAAUAACAUGUGCAUGUUUUAUAGAACCAUAUACAUUAAUAACUGGAAGUAAUGAUUGCAUUAUUUAUAUAUGGUCUAUUAUGCAGGGAAAAACAAUAAAUUUAAAAUUAAAAAAUUACCUAAGAGGUCAUUUUAAACCUAUUAUAUCUCUUGAUUCAUCAAAAUCAUUUAGUAUUAUUGUCUCUGGAUCAGAGGAUGGUUUAGUAAUAGAAUGGGAUUUAAAUAGAGCAUGCUAUGUUCGUACAUUAGAAAAAAGUAGUAGUCCUAUACAGUGUAUUUCAAUAAAUGAUACAAAUGGAGAUAUUGCAGCAUGUUCAGAAAUGAUAAUUUCUAUUUGGACUAUAAAUGGCGAUUUAUUAUUACGCCAAAAUAUUGGGUUUAAUCAAAAUGAUAUAAUAUUUAGCUGUAAAUUUUAUGAGGGAAUUAAUUAUGAGUGGUUAGAGUGUGAUUUAAUAUUUACUGGGCAUAAUUUUGGAAUCGUGCAAAUAUGGAAUAUUUCAUGGAAAACUGAAAAUGGAAAAUUAAUCAGGGAGCUUGUAAACAUUAAAACUUUGCAACAUUAUGACUAUAUAAAAAACUCUUUAUUAGCAUCUAAAAUAACUGCAUUAUAUCCUUCUGGAAAAACACGUUCAUUAUUUACUGGGGAUAGCCUUGGAAAUGUUUAUAUAUGGAAUCUCCCUGAUACUGUACAUAAAUUCCACUAUUUAUCAGGCGAGGAAUAUAAUAAUUGUUUUAUAUGCAAAACAACAUUUGCAAUUAUAGAUAGGAAAUAUAAUUGUCAUCCUUGUGGUGCAUUAUUGUGUUCUAAUUGUAUUCAUCAACAUUCAAAAAUAGGAAGUACAAAAUUGUGUAUUAAUUGUAUUUCAUCUCUAGUUUUUACAUAAUUUUUUUAAAAUUGCAAAAAUACUUAAGGAUAAAUCAGCAAUUUAA